AUGGGAGACACAAACAGCUCAAUCCUCGAGUCUUAUUCGAUUCAGUCGGAAUCUAAGCGACUCCUAACCCAAUCGCUACUUGGAAAUCCGAGGUUCAGCAGCCAGCUUCCACCCGAAGCCCGUGACUUUGCGUCACGGAUCUCUUUCAAGGGGUCACCUCUACCUACGCUUGCCAUCAACUGGCGAUUCGCUGAAUCCGCCUCAAGCUUGAAGGGAUUGGAAGCCUGCCUGAUAUCGGCCCUGGUGAAACGCAAAUACGGAGCCCGGCUCAAAGGGGCUCAUAUCAACACAGACCAUGCACAGCUAUUCUUUAUGUCUGCUUUUGUUUGGACGAUUGAUCCGGAUACCGACCGUGCCAUUAGCUUGACUGGUCAGAAUAUCAAGCGACUUGACGACUUAUUCCCGAAUUAUGAUUUCCACCAGAUGAGUUCCUCUCUCUAUAGGCAAUGCGCCACGGGAAUCUACCGUACCAAGGACAAUCGAUACUUCCAGCUCCAUGGAAGCAUGAACCCUGAUCCGACGUUGAAUAGUAUUGAUUUGCCCCUCGAUAGGCCUGACCUUACCACGUGGGAAGAUGCCAGGCAACCUUUCAUCGAGCGGAUGGUAACCAUCGACGCGAAAGAGAUGCAGCGGCUAGCAUCAGAUGUGUACAAGCAAGCUGGUGUCAUUUGCGAGACGGUCGAUUCGUUUCGAGCCACGGAGCACGGCAUGGCAAAUGCAGACGUAGGAUUAUUCAGAUUACGCCGGAUCACAAAGUAUGCCUCUCACAAACCUUGCUGGUGGCCGGACACCAAGGAUACCUCUCCCCGUCGGCCUCUCGCGGGAUUAAAAGUACUAGACUUAACCCGAGUCAUCGCAGCGCCGGCGGUAACGCGCGGGUUGGCGGAGCUCGGGGCCAGUGUUAUGCGAGUCACGUCGCCUAAUAUUGCAGACUUCACGGUUCUUGCCGUCGACAUGAGUUGGGGUAAGUGGCAGUGCAGUCUGGAUUUAACGACGGACGAGGGGAAAAUGAGAUUAAAGGAUCUCAUUCGAGAAGCGGACGUGGUGGUCCAAGGUUACAGGCCCGGUGUGUUAGACAAGUAUGGCUUCAGCCAGGAUGCAAUUAUAGACCUGGUCCGAGAUCGUGAAAGGGGUAUCGUUUCCAUCCGCUCGAAUACUUACGGCUGGGACGGUCCAUGGAGCCAUUUAUCAGGUUGGCAACAGAUCAGUGAUGCCUGUGUUGGAAUCUCAGCAGGCUUUGGACGUGCGAUGGGACUUCACGACAACGAGGCCGUCACGCCCAUUUUCCCUAACAGCGACUAUAUGGUCGGUAUAGCAGGUGUCGUUGCAGUUCUGUCUGCUCUGAUAGAAAAGGCAGAAAAUGGUGGUAGCUACAACAUCGAUCUGUCGCUAAACUACUACAACCAGUGGUUGGCAGACGAGGUUGGUGAAUAUUCUGACCAAAUCUGGCAAGAUUUGUGGGAUCGUAAUGGAAGGAGAGUUUUCCGCUCGUAUCAUGGCAUGAACUACAGCAUACGCGAGUAUUUUGGCAUGAUCCUACAAAAAAGCAGCGGCAUCCUCCUAAAUCCAUCUUUCUUCGAGGAUCGAGAGAGCAAGGCCAUAGGAUCUGUGUUCAGAACUGUCAGGCCAAUCAUCAAGUUCGACGACGAGGAAGUAUUGUUGAGCUACAAUGUCGGCACAAGAGGGAACGGCAAAGAUGCUCCGAAGUGGCCUGAAGAUUUGAUGACAGAAAUUGUCGUUUAG